GGCAGUGGGUGUAACCAUAAACAUUCGCUGCAGAGACAUGUUGUGUUGAUCAGACUUUAAGCCAACUUUACUAGUGAACAGUUGAAAUUCAAACAUCCCAGGAACUGAGAGGGAAAAUGGCUGAGAGAGGAGAUCAUCUGAACAAAGAAAAAUUCUCCUGUUGCAUCUGUUUGGAUCUACUGACGGAUCCGGUAACUAUUCCCUGUGGACACAGCUACUGUAUGAACUGUAUUAAACACCACUGGGAUGAAGAAGAUCAGAGGAGAAUCCACAGCUGCCCUCAGUGCAGGAAAGAGUUCAUACCGAGACCUAACCUGGAGAAAAACAUCAUGCUAUCAGAGUUGGUGGAGGAACUGAAGAAGACUGGACUCCAAUCUCCUCCAGAUGAUCACUGCUAUGCUGGACCUGAUGAUGUUUCCUGCGAUGUCUGUACUGGGAGGAAGAGGAAAGCUGUCAGGUCCUGUUUAUCAUGUCCAGCUUCCUACUGUAGAGAUCACCUCCAACCUCAUUAUGAUGUUCCUGGAUUAAAGAAACACAAGCUGGUGGAUCCCUCCAAGAACCUCCAGCAGAGGAUCUGCUCCCGUCAUGAUGAGGUGAUGAAGAUCUUCUGUCGUACUGAUCAGCAGUGUAUCUGUUAUCUCUGCACUAUGGAUGAACAUAAAGGACAUGAAACAGUCCCAGCUGCAGCAGUAAGAGCUGAGAAGCAGAAGGAGCUCCAGGAGAGUCGACAACAAAUCCAGCAGAGAAUCCAGGACCAAGAGAAAGAUGUGAAGCUGCUUCAACAGGAGGUAAUAAUCAUCAAUGUCUCUGCUGAUAAAGCAGUGGAGGACAGUGAGAAGAUCUUCACUGAGCUGAUCCGUCUCCUCCAGGAAAGAAGCUCUGAUGUGAAGCAGCAGAUCAGAUCCCAGCAGGAAACUGAAGUGAGUCGAGUCAAAGAUGUUCAGGAGAAGCUGCAGCAGGAGAUCACUGAGCUGAAGAGGAAAGACGCUGAGCUGGAGCAGCUCUCACACACAGAGGAUCACAACCAGUUUCUCCUCAACUACCCCUCACUGCCAGCACUCAGUGAGUCUACACACUCAUCCAGCAUCAACAUCUGUCCUCUAAGACACUUUGAGGACGUGGCAGCAGCUGUGUCAGAGCUCAGAGAUAAACUACAGGAUGUCCUGAGAGACACAUGGAGAAACGUUGAACUGGCAAUCACUGAAGCUCUUUCAGAACCAGAACCAAAGACCAGAGCUGGAUUUUUAAAAUAUUCACAGGAAAUGACUCUGAAUCCAAACACAGCAAACAGAUUUCUGUUAUUGUCAGAGGGGAACAGAAAGGUAGAAUCAAAUCAUGAACUACAACCUUAUUCUAUUAAUCCAGACAGAUUCAGUGAUUUUUUUUCUCAGAUCUUGAGUACAGAGAGUCUGACUGGACGUUGUUACUGGGAGGCGGAGCUGAGAGGCAGAGGAGUUGCUGUAGCCGUUUCAAACAGGAACAUCAGCAGAACCGAAGCAUUUGGUUCCAAUGACAAAUCUUGGUCAUUAUAUUGUGACUUAGACGGUUACAUAUUUCACCACAAUCACAUUUUAACUCCAGUAUCAGGUCCAGUUUCCUCCAGAAUAGGAGUGUACCUGGAUCACAGAGCAGGUAUUCUGUGUUUCUACAGCAUCUCUGAAACCAUGACUCUCCUCCACAGAGUCCAGACCAGAUUCACUCAGCCUCUACAUGCUGGAGUUGGGAUUUACUAUUAUGGAUCCUCUGCUGAGUUCAUUAACCUGGAUAGUCAGCAGUGAUCUGAGGUCCAAUUGGUUAAAAACAGUGUUUUAGUUUCAGUUUCUGUAGUUUCUAUCAUUGUUGCUGAGAGCUUCUCUGCUCAGAGAUCAGCUGUCUCUAUGGAGAUACGUUAUCAUCUUGUUUGUUGUUUUGUUGAUGUUGGAGUUUGUCUGGGUGCUGCCCCUUCCUGUUUCUGUUCAGCCAUGGAGACAGUCACUGCUCAGGAGGAUUUUGUCCACCUAAACUAAUUAUAUUCAUAUUUGUUUUGUCAAAUCAAAUGUUGCAUAUUCAGGUCUGCAGAUAGAAACUAAUUAUCCUCAUCAAUCAAGAGAAUUUUACAGCACAGAUCAGAUUCUGGGUCAAACUGGUUGUUGAAAUGAAAAAGCAGAUAUGUGGACAAAAUAUAAUCUUAAAGUUUUUGUGGUUUAUAUUUUAUUUUGUGUUGGCAAGUAAUAAUAUUCUUAAAGUGAAUUGUUGUAUGCAAUGGUGUUUGGCUGCAAAUGUUGAUGUAAUUAGGAACUUAAGAUCUCUAGAGAUCAUUUAAAUCUGUUCUGCUUUGGCUGAAAUGGAAUUAUUCUCUUUACUAUAUUUUUAUGAUUAUAUAUUUAUAUAUAUAUAGCUGCAUUUGUUUUGUUUGUUUUUUUAUUCUGCUUUUAUCUUAAAAACACAGCAGGAUUUUUGUGUCGACCUCUAUUAUCGCCUCAUCAUCACCGUGAACAUGAUUGUUUCCUCAGUCCUAGAAACCAGUAAUAUCUUUAAUAGUUCCACUUUUUCAUGUUUUUCUGUUUGUUUCUUUUUUUUCUUCGUUUUGGUUUUGCUGUUUGCUGGUUUUUCUUUUCUUCCUGUUUUUAUCUCUUGGUGGGAGACGUCUGUGUUUGUGGGGCUAGUGUUGACCUUUGACCUAAAUAUGGAUUCUGAUAUUGUUGAAAAGGAAACAUGUUUGAGAUUUGUACUCCAGUUGACAUAAAUCUACACAUUUGUGAUGCAAAUGUUACCUGGAAUAUUUUAGAUAACACUUUGAACUGCAAGGGUUUACAGAACAAUGCGUGUUUGUAGAUUUAACAUGUAAGAUUAUAAUUACAUGAUUUUAAUAAUGGAUUACUUUGAAUAGGCCGGUCUGAGCCACUCCGGCCACUACUGACCUUUUAUGAUGAAAGUAUCAGCCUGAAGGUUUUUAACUAUUUCUUUUGGCCGUGCUACAGGACAGAUAUCGACGGACAACUAAACAAUCUCAUCAAAUUUAAAGUAAGAUUACAUUUUUUUAAAUAAAGGAUGCAAUUUUAAUAGGUUCCUAAGAGUUACAUUUUCUAAACUGACAUUAAAAUAUGUUUUUUAUACCUCU